CUUUGAAGUCUUCUUUUCCUUUUUGAUAUUGCAACAUGUUCAAUUCUUAGCUGAAAAGCUGCCUUUUCUUUCUUGUUGCUUCUUUUCUCUUUUCACGGAUUUGGCUCAUGAACACCCAGAGUUGAAUAUCUAGGGUUUGCAUAAGUUGGUUAUUCUUUCUAUCAUGUUGCUUCUUUUUUUUUUGUGUGUCCUUUUCUGUGAGCAAAAUCCACUGUUUGUGUGUGGUGUAUAAUCAGUGGAUUCAGAUGGGUAAAAUUGUCGAUCUCGUUUGUUUGGAUGUUCUGUGAGCAAAACCCACUGUUUUUCUUUCCACAUUUUUUAUUUUGAUUUUUGUUGAUAUUAAGACCUUAUUCUCACAUAUGGAUUGGCGCGCAUUUUUGUUUUCAUUUUUAUUUAUUUCUUUCUAAUCUUAAAUCCGCAUGGUUACGCUCCCUUUGUUUAUCUUCUCAUUUUCUCGGAUCUGGGUUGAUCUCAUAUGCAAACUUUGCUUUACCAUCCUUAGCAGGAGCUUCAUUUUGCAUUUCGUAAGUAGAGUUAUUGUGUGCUCUUACCCAGGUACUUGUGAGAAUGGGUGGGCUGCCAAUUCAGAGCUCUUCUGGCGUAGCAUCAUCCGGGUUGCAAACAGGCAAGGGAGCCACCACAACAGCAUCUGAUCCAAUUCCAUCAAAGCCAAAAAAGAAGAUUUGCUGUGCUUGCCCCGACACCAAGAGACUGAGAGAUGAGUGCAUUGUUGAGCAUGGGGAAGCUGCAUGUUCGAAAUGGAUUGAGGCUCACCGUAAAUGCCUACGUGCUGAAGGCUUUAAUGUUUGAGCAUUGUGAAGAUAACAAACUUGGCAGUUUUUUUUUUGUGGGGGUGGGGGGAUGAUACAGCUUUGUGGAAUUUCAACCAUUUUUUUUUUUUUGGGGGGGGGGGGGGGGGGGUGGGGGAUAAUGCUUAGUGUAGAUGUUAUCAACCCCAUCGAAAUAUAGGAAUAAGCUCAAGGAAGGAGAGCUCUUCUUCGCAUCGACUAUCAUUUGGAAAUUAUAUGUUUUUGGUUACUUCCUUCUGAAAUGGCGAGGUGGUUGCACCAGAAUUAGUAAAUAACUCUUGUGAGUUCAUAACUGCAUUGUUAUUGUUUCGUUUGUCAGUGGGUGCCACUUAUUUAAUCUGUUUGAUUGUUUGUUUAGUUCUCUUAA